UAAAGAGCUGCUCGCUGGGGAAGCAGGUGGGAGCCUGUGGGAGCAGCAGCAGGAUACAGACGGCGUGAGAUGCGCGGCAGGAUGGCGUCAGGACUCCUGUCCGGGAUGGCUGUGUUCCUCCUGGUGCUUCUGCAGGGCACACAGUCAGUCUACAUUCAGUACCAAGGCUUCCAGGUCCAGCUGGAAUCAGUGAAGAAGCUGAGUAACCUGGAGCAGCAGUGGCUGCCCAACCCCCGCCUCCAGGCCCAGAGCCUCGUGCCCUCCGUGUGUCACCACCCGGCCCUGCCACAGGACCUCCAGCCCAUCUGUGCAUCCAGGGAAGCGGCCAGCGUCUUCCAGGCUUUGAGGACCAUGGCUAAUGACGACUGUGAGCUGUGUGUGAAUGUCGCCUGUACCGGCUGCCUCGGAGAUGGCUGGGCGCCCUGAGCCCACCCCGGACACUUUGUCCCCAGCCCACUGCCUUCACAGCCUGCACCCCCACCCGAGUUCCGGGGGGGACCCUGAGGUCAUCGCCACCAGCCAGAGGCUCGAGCGGCUAGAUCGGGCACAAAGCAGUUGGACACUUGGUUGGAGGAGAGUUCGGCCCCUGAGGCAGCCCUGCUGCUGAAUAAAGAUUCCCCACCUACA